AAAGCGAUCAUGAGUCUUUCAUUGAAGACGCCUGAUUUCAGCAAAGGAAGAGGCUCUAAAGGCAAGCGGCGGGAGCUGGGCGAAGAACAAAAGCAAGAAAUCAAAGAGGCGUUUGAUUUAUUUGAUACGGAUAAGGAUCGUGCUAUAGAUUAUCACGAACUGAAGGUAACUUAAGCUUUAAACAUAAAAUCAUCUUUAGUAUCCAACUCUUGACGUUUUUCUGAGCUUGUCAAUCGUUAUUUGUUGAAAUCGGCAAAGUUUUAAUAGGAGCAGUGCUUGCCUUGGAUAUUGGAAACUGAUUACUUUUUUGUUCUGUAAUGAUUGUGUGACGAUGUCUUUUCCACUAAUUGACCUUUGCUUUAGAAAUUAUUCUUUGAGUAUUGUUACAAGACAAAAAGUAAACCGUUGUUGUGAAACCAUCCAAGAAGAGUAUAGUCUGAGCUGCUAAACCGUAAUAUACUCGUCGUUAAGGCCUACUAGGAAGAAAACGAUUGAUUUCUCGCCAAAUUAAAUGUACAGUCGAAACGAUGUUAACGUGUUUGAUGGUUAAAGUACAAAAUAUUUUAAAGUGCAUUACGUGCAUUGUAAGCUAAUCUCCGUUCACUUUCAUCUCAAAAUCAGCACACAAUUUCCUGUGCUUUAUUAAACACAGCGCAUCGAAAUUAUUUAGGCAAACAAUUUCCGAAAUUUUCUUGCAUUUUCUAACAAGGGUACCUCUUAGGCGAACAUUUCGACAGAGAGAGCCAAUUUGACAUUCAAACACAUAUUUUGAAAUUACUUUUCGAUUCUCGUACAGGAGAUCUAUUUUCUUGGGAACGAAACUUGCGUGUCUCGUUAUAUUUAAAGAAAAGGAUUCGUUGCCCGACAUGUUAAUUCUUAUAAUGCUAGAAUUGUUUUGAUAACUGUAGAAUCCCUCAAAUUUGCGAUGGUCAUGCAUCAUAAAAGUAAUUUACCAUCAUUUUUUUUUUUUAUGUGCCUGAGUAGUUCACAAUUUUUAGUGUAUUCUAUCCCACAAAUGUAUGCGUAUUACUGAGUCAGUAAUUACCUUCAGUGUUUAAUUGCAUUCAGCCUGUCAAAGAAUUCAAUUGAUGUUUUUGAUUACUCGAGUGGCAUUUUCAAUCAGUCAAUCCCUUUUGUUUCUUUUGAAAGCGUGAAAUCGUAGAUAAUUAGUGUGUCAUUAUUAGACCUCACAAAGACAGGAAGUCCUUUUUUUGAUGGUAAUGCUGGGGUGUAGUAUCAGGUGUUUCAGGUCAGUGUUUUAGUGUCAUAUUUUAGAUGAAAUCAACCAUGUUUUAGAUAAUCAAGGAAAGAUGUAUAACUCAAUCCUGACUGUUAAAGUGCUCUUGAAACAUGUUGCUGGCUAAAUUUGGCUUUCUUUGCUUUUAUGAAGUACUAGUGUGUUCUAGAUUGCACUAACAAAGAAAUAGUGCUUGUAAAUGUAAUCUAUUGAUAUGUCUAACCUUGUGUAACUGAAAUUAUUUAUUUUUCGUCUGUUUGAAAUUUUUACUGGGAUGAUAAACUCGCGGGUUUUGGUUCUAAACAGACUUAAUACACUUUGUGGUUGCAUAGAGAUAGCAUUGUCCAAAGUCUGGGAUAUCUCUGUUCAAACUCCAAAAAAAUUAUCACUGAGUAGAGUUUAUUAUUACCUUGUUUAUAUUUUUUGGGAGGGUAUUUUGUGGUUGCAGAAGUCAAUUUGUUUUGUUAUGGCCAAAAACACACUGGAAGGAUAACACUACAAAUGAUUUUCCGUACAGUGAGAAAUCUUUACUACUACCACACAAAUUUAUUUUUUUAAUGAAUGACUGAUUCAUUGAUUAUUGUGAUUAUUGUUUAGGUUGCAAUGAGAGCUCUUGGAUUUGAUGUGAAGAAAGCAGAUGUUCUGAAAAUCAUGAAGGACUAUGACAGAGAAGCUUCAGGCAAAAUUACAUUUGAUGACUUCAAUGAAGUCAGUAAGUAAACCCAAAAGUAACAGUCAUUUUGAUAGUUAAUUUAUCAUGUGAUUUAUAUGGCCCAUGUGAGCAAUCUCCUAGAAAACCAUUGUGAAAGUUGACAUGCAUAGGACCGGACAGGUUUACGUGAGCUGGUCAAAGAAAAGCGGUCUGCUCUUGCACUUACACAGCUUCAUUGCAAAAACUUAAAGGAACAAAGAAAAGAGUUAAAAUACCAUGUGUGCAUUUUCAGUGAAUUGUGAGUUUCUGGUUCCUUCUGGGGAAAAAAAGGGAAAAAAAUGAAGAAAAGUUGUUAGAUGACUGGGAAUAUAUGAAAAUCAUAUAUGCAAAAAGUUUAUAGUAUAGAAUCUCUUUGCAGUUGUCCCACAUGUGCUCAUCUAUCACAUCCUAUUUAGGUUGAAACCAAUUUCUUCUGAAUUUUCAAUGCUUUAUAGUGGUCAUAUGAUGAAAUGUUUAUUGUCUGAGUUUGGUUGGAAGAGAUGGGAAAAUAUUUGGCUCUUGGUCAUGACCUUGAGUCAAAUAUCUUCUGGUCAGCCCUCCCACUCAGUCAAUAAGUGCAUAUUACAAUCAAUGUGCAGUGUAUGAAAACAGAAUGGUAAUGAUGAUAAUAGUAAUAAUGAGUGUAAUACUAACAAUGGUUAUACAAUAAGAAUUAUUAUAUAUUUGUGAAAAUAGUGUACAGCUGGUAUGAUGCAGCAUUUUGUCUCUGUCAAGAGAGUUAGCAGAUACCUAUCAAAAAUUUCAAGCAAAGUUGUUUGGAUUCAUUGAUCAUUUCUAGUAGUGUAAUUUGGUCAUUUUGUUGAAAGUGACCUUGGUAAUAGAAAAGGCUUUGUAAAAUGUGAAAAGUGUAAGCUACUGAGAACUAUCACUCAACAACAAAAUAUAGGGAAUACUAAUUGUUUCUUCUCCUAAUUUUAGUGACAGAUUGGAUGCUGGAUAGGGAUCCACAGGAAGAAGUGUUCAAGGCAUUCAGAUUAUUUGAUGAUGAUGACAGUGGCAAAAUUAGUCUCAGGAAUCUGAGGCGAGUAGCAAGAGAGCUAGGAGAGAAUAUGACAGAUGAGGAGCUUAGAGCUAUGAUUGAUGAGUUUGAUAAAGAUGGAGAUGGAGAAAGUGAGGGACUUUAAAUUUGUUCAUAAUUAUAUUUGCUCCUUAUUUAUAACUUAUAUUCUAGUUGACCAUAUAGAACUUGUCAAGAGCAUUACAUCUUCCAAUAUGUAUCAAUCCUUUAACUCCAGUGACACACCAAGACAGAAUUUCUCCCUGUAAAAUCAAUACAAUAUCAAGCAGACAUCAAUUGAGAAUUUAGAAACAAAUAUAUGGAUUAGGGGUUUAUUAGUUGAUCCAAUGACAAAUCAUCUGUAUUGACAUGGUAAGAAUUGUAUAGCAGACAAUAAAUACUACUGAGAUAUUGGAAGUGGAAGUGUUAAGCCUUGUGUAAUCAUGUAUACCAAAAAAGUAUGUGGCUUAAUUCAAUUGCACAAGUACAUGUCAUUUUUUUUUCUUUGUUGGAAUCCACCCUAAUGUUUUUAUUUGAUUAGCAAUGUGUGUAAUUUCUCUCCAUCUACAACCUUCCUGCUUCCUCUCUUAUUUGUUUUCCUUCUUGUGUGUUUGUUUACUCAAACAAACUACUAUACUGUAAAUGGGGUUCUUUUCAAGUUAUUGUUAAGUGUACCCAUUUUGAAAUGAUUUUCCAUUGAGAUGCACUUCUGAGUUUCAGUCAGAGAAAUGAUGAUUUUUCAUGGGGCAAGAGCUAAUUUCAAAUUUUUUCUUUCUCUGAGGAACAUUUUCUAGAUCAGAUCUGAUUUGAAUUAAAGAGGAAAUAUUUUAACUCUUACUUAAUAGUCUGGUGGCAUUAAUGAGGAAUAUCAGUAUCAGGUUGUAGCAAUAUAACCAAGAGCCAAGAUCGUAGGGGUAUUUGGCCCACUAGCUUUCACUGACCCCUGUUUUGGUUUCUGCAUCAAUCAGAAGGUUACAGAUCUGUAGAAACAGUGAAAUUCUCUAAUGAAUACCAGUCUUCCUCAUCCAUAUUGUAAACUUGUAAAAUUUUGUCAAUCUCAAAGAUAUUUACAGGGUGAAAUUUGGAAAAUUUGGUAAGAACACUACUGAAAGAUAUUUACAGGGAAAAAAUUUGUUUUGAACCCAGUCUUAGCGCCUACCAAUUGAGCUAACAAGCCAACUGGGAGCUUUUGGGUCCAAAUAAACAUCCAAGUAAAUGAAGAUUUUUAUGAAAAAAAUUUAAAAGUUUUCACAGUCUUAACCACAGAUUUUAAACUUGCUAGCUUUUAAAAAUUAAAAGUCUCUCUGCUUAUGACAGACCAAAAAAUAACCCAUUUCAAUACUCAUUUACGUAAAGACUAUCUCCCCCAUGAUUAACAUGUACAAAAUAAAGCUAUAUUUAAUUUGACUUUCACUUUUGUUUCUGCAGUAAAUGAGGAAGAAUUUCUGGCCAUCAUGACAGGAGAUACAUAAAGACAGGCACCUUUGGAAAAAAAUGUAUACUUGUAUAUUUUGCUGGAAAAUCUGUGAACAUGCCCUUUAACAAUAAGAUAUUUUUUUUACCAGGAAUAAGCAGACAUGUUGUAAAUUGUACUUUCACUUAGCAAUUUGUAAAUUGUUUAUGCUAAUGGCAAUGCAUACCUAUUUUUAAUUUACUUACUUAAAAAUCAAAGGAAAAUUAGAUUUGGGUUGAUGUAUCCCAAAAUGUGGUGUCAUCAAAUGUUUUGAAGAUGUGAUCUUGGCUGAUUCCAAUACUGGACAGAAUAUAUGAAAGUAUUUAGCUUUUUUUUAAUUGUAUUAUUUAUUAUGACAACGCCAUUGUAGAUAUUUUAUUACUUCUUAAUAAAAAACUAAACUGUUUCAGUUAGUGACUUCUUCAGCGGAAAGUAUUUACUACCCUGGUAUGAUGGUGGGAACAAAAAGACGAAAGGUUUGGGGAAAUGAUUUGGUUGCCUGUUCAAAUGAAAUAAUAGCCAGGUGACGCAAAUGCUGUUUCCCCUGAAUAAUCAUUUCAGUCGAAGGAGAAGGAUGAUGAUAAGUUAGAAAAAUGUCAGCUCUUACGAUGUUUGAUUGAUGUGAAACCAAAUUCUCAGGGCUUAGGGUCGGCCGCGCUGUGUUCACUUUUUUGUUUUUACCAAACUUCUGGAGUCGGAAAAAAUCAGCGAAAACAAAAUUGAUGCGAGCUCCCCGCGGAAAAGGAGUGACUGUUCGUAGUCAAACAUUUUGACGUCCUCUGUGAUUUAAUUUUGAACACAGGGGUUUCAAAAUGUUUUGAAGUAGGAAGUAGUUAGCAAAAGUUGGUGACUGAAAAGUUCAUUAACUUAAAGGCCAACAGGUAAUUAAUUUGACCGGAGUAACCGGCUACAUGUUAUCAAGUAGCUGGAGGAACUCCGGCUGCUUGUUCUGAAACCCCUGUGGAUAGACGCACGGUAACACGGAACCUGCUUCAUAUGAUAAAAAGCAAAUGGUUGUUAGCAGUUAUGUCAUUUGAGCGUCUGACCUCCAUCAGAUCAUAAGCAAGUAUCAAUCAAAAUGUGUGUAACAUUAAGCUUAUGUAAAAUCUGCUUGAUUGUGACCUAUUAUAUGCCCAACAUUAUUUGUCGUUUCUGAUUGCUAAAUGACGAAUGCAUGUUAGGUGACAGGGGGAUCGUGUCGUUUGAUUGUUCGGGUGAGGGUAGUCCUGGGAACGACUGUCGUCGGCACUAGUUACUGACGUUUCAAUUACCUUUGUGUUGGUCAUCAUCAGAGUCAUAAAACCCGUCGAUUUUUCCCUCUCAUAUGCCCGACUAACGAUGGAUAAGACCUUCAGGAAGACAAUUAUCCAGUUACACACCAAGAAAGAGUGCAUGCCUCGGAGAGGAGCUUCACCGCUUUCCUAUCUAAUAGAGACCCUAAAACCAAAGUAGGUUGUUUCGAGGUCUGAACACUAUAAAUUUAGUUUUGGAUAUGUUUAAGGACAAUUUAUUUGAAGCAAACCAGUCUGAAAGAAUAUUAAGUCAUGAUUAUGGAAUUCAUUAUUGCUCAAUAAGAGUGGGUCCUUGUUAGGAAAAAAAUUAGUAUCGGCAGCAAAUAAAAUAGAUUUCAGUCAAUAUGCGUCACAAAGGUAUUAACGUAGAUGAUGAGGAACAGAAGGUCAACAACAAAGCGUUGAGGGACACUACAGUGCAUUACCCUGGGAAUGGGUCUCUGAGGAAAGUAGCUCCAACCCAUUCAAACGCCAAGCCUCGGAUCCCAUAGAGACGUAAAUAGAAUGCUGUGGUUUUCAGUAUCAAAUACUUUUGACAAGUCUACGAAUACCCCCAACUGCAUAUUCCUUGCGGUCAGGGUCGGAAAAAUUUUGUCGCACAAAUCAGCAAGGGUUGGGAAGUUGAUUGGUUUCACCUCAAUCCGUACUGGUUAUUAUAGAGAACACUUAAUUUAUUCAGAUAUGACUGAAUAGUACGAUUGUCUAAAACCCUUUCUAAGAAUUAUAAAUUUUUGAAGAACCAAGUAAGAACCGAGACAGGUUUAUUGUUAGUGAAUAGAGUUUGGUCUCUAGGUUUCAAAAUAGAAACAAUUCACACGAGGAAUUUUCAUUCAUUUGGAACAGCACCUUGCAGUGGAAGUGGUGCAGAUAUGUAGUAAAUGCAUUGUUUAACAAUGGAAAUAAAGAUGUUUUCAUAUCCAGCUCUACCAGAUUUAAACGUGUUAAUCAAUAACUUGGUCAUCAGUUUCUAAAUUUAAGAAAAUAGAUCAAGGAAAGUUUCCAGAGAGACAGUGCAUGUGUGAAGAUGUGGGAGUCAUCGCUCAAACGCCGAUCAAAGGCAAGUUUGUGGGUUGGUAGGUGACUAUAAUUCGACUUAGAGCGGAGGACAGAGCACAACUACCGCCGCCAUCUUGUUGACAUAACCUUUCUUUCUCCUUGUCACUCCCUCGCAUGAAAUAUCAAGACGACAAGUAAGGUGCCUUAUUAGUGUUCAUUCAUCAACAGCUUUCAAAGACUAAACGAAGACACGCCAAUCAUUGGUUCUUGGGCUCAAUUGCAUAAAUCAGUGGUGCAGCAGGUGAUCUGGCA